ACCAAAGCUACAGACGUGCGAACGCACCAGUGAAUAUUCAAGGCUCUCAUUGUUCUGUUGGACGCUGAAGGUGCCGGCUAUGAAGACGCAGUGAAACGGCUUUUAGCGAUGAUAUAGCUGUUUAUUGACACUUUUAUUCUGUUUGGGCCAGUCAAAAUGUAUAUCAUAAAGGUAUUAACAGCAGUUUUGUUAGUGACAGUAGUCAAUGCUGAGAAGAAAAUAGAGCUAGAAGACAUCGAAGAAGAUAAUCUAAAGAGUGAAAGGGAAAAGGAUUUUGAGAAAUCUGGAAAUUACGUUCAAGGGCCUAGUGGAGGAUCUGGACUGGGUGUGAUACCACUUGAAUAUGUUAAAAAUGGUUAUCUACGGUAUUAUGAAGCUCAAACUGCUCAGCCAAGAUAUGUCCAGCAAUACGCAGUGACUGAAGCGCCUGAAAGACCACCAAGCGGUGAGCCUCAUGGAUAUGGACAAACACAACCAGCAAUGGUCGGCUAUCUGUCUAAUAUUCCAAUGCAGUUAUACUUCGUCCCACAAUUUUACAAUGAGCCUGCAGAACAAGCAAGUAAUUCUCAGCAUGCAGCGCAAUACAGACCAGCUCAAAGUGGAUACUCUAAUUCACCAGAUGACACUCAGCAUCAUAACAAUAAUGUGGUACCUACAUAUGUUGCGCCGACUGGGAAUACUUAUCCCCAACAAUAUUCAACGCCAGUUGGCUACUUCAGUUACAAUCAACCACAUUUGCCAUCAGCUCAUGCCUCAGUAACUCCAGUGAUUGCAUAUCCAAACGCCCAAUACCCGUCACCUAUACCAACACCACCAAUCAAAAGCUAUCCAGAGAAUACGCAGUUUGCUGACACGAAUAAUGUUGAUGACGAUAAAUAUGUUCAGCAUGUGCAACAUCAAGAAUAUCCAAGAUAUUAUAACUCCCGUGUACCUUCUAGGGAAGAGUACGAUUACCGAGGUACAGUGAAUAAAUUGCCACAUCCGAAUCCGUUGUUGCUGAACCCUCAACCACCUCAUUUAUCCCAUAUUCCGAAAGCAUUACCUAUUUACCGGCCUCUGACAAAGCCCAUUUACGCGGCCGGCGGUGCGUUAAUUGCGAACACUUUCACUCCUCGGCCUAACGAAGCUUACGGAGUCCCUUUCAAAAGGCGACCAAAUUCACUUCUAGAUUCUUAUGUGCCAUCAAGCUUGCAACUUGAAUAUAUGAAGAGAGGUUAUACAAAAGAUCCUUUGUCAGCAUACGAGGCGCUAUCGAGCGGGAGAAAUCUUCAUCAAGUAUAUCCAAUGCCAAGAUACUAUGAGCGCGGAUUCCUUCCAAAUCAGAUGUAUCAUACUGCAGCUGGAGGUAUAACAUAUGGUUAUCAUAAAAGAACACCGAAAAUUGAUAAAACGACAAAGAAAAAGUAGUGCCUUUUAAAAAAAAGGUUCUAAUAUUUUUCAUACUAAAUAUGCUACUUGUAAGCAUUGUAAAAAGCUUUAAAUUAUUUUUGUUUAUGCAUAGUUUUUGCCGUGUUGACUUAUGAAUAUAUUAAAGUAACAUAUUAAGGGAAUUCCCAUCUCUAUUAAAUUUAUAUUAUAAUGAAAGUUUGCAUCGUUAUGAACCGCUUUAUUACAGCUCGGUUUUAUUAUCGUCGUAAUUUUAAACACAAAAUAAGUAAAUGGUGUAUUCCAUUUAUCACAGUUCCAUCAAAACUGUUAAAUAAAAUACUUUUUAAAGGAUUAAAACGAGUGUAGUUGUAACUGCGUUCUUACUUUACGUUUUUGCGUAAAACUUACAUUUUUAUCGUCAUAUCUAUCUUGACCCUGAAAAGGUGCUCUGAAAAGGUCACGAAAUGUCGGGUUAUAUAAAACAAUAAUAAAAUGUAACAUUCACGCAAUAAACCUAAUGUAAGAACAGUUACAAAUUCAAAUUCAAAUAUUUUUAUUCAAAAUAGGAUGUGACAUCACUUAUUGAAAGUCAAAAACUAACACCCAUUCCAAAAUGAAUGCCUCAGACCUGAGAAGAAUGGGCGCAACAAACUCAGCAAUUACAUAUUCUAAUCCUUUAAAAAGUAUUUUAUUUAAGUCAAUACAAUAUUAUAAGAAUUAUGAUGUAUUUUAUAUUAUAUAACUUAAUAAUUGUUCAGUAUUUUUGAAUAAAUUAAAAAAUAAUUACAAAUCUAGGUUAUGUCAAUAAGUCAAUUGAUUAUAUUAAAUAUAGAUUACUAAUAAAUGG